UAAGGGGUGGGGCACCAAACUCAAUUCCCCUCACCAAGGAAUAAGGAAUAAAGGCAAAAGAAACUUGUGAGUGAGUUGUGUUAAUUCAAUUGUUCCUCCAUCAUCUUCGUCUUUGUGUCUGUCAUCGCCACUCUCUUCUCUCCAAAUCAAUCGUCAAGGGUUUUGGUAUUAUUCUACUUGUGCUAUUUAUGAAGGCAUCAACAGAUUGAACUUGCUGAGAAUAGGAAAGGAAAAAAAGAAGAAGAAAAAAAAGCAGAAUGAGUAGUCCACAGGUGCCAAAGAAAAGAGUGGCAUUUGUGCUGAUUGAUGGGAUAGGUGAUGUGUCACUGCCGAGGCUUGGAUACAAGACUCCUCUUCAGGCAGCAAAACUCCCCAAUUUGGAUGCCAUAGCAUCUGCUGGAGUUAAUGGACUAAUGGACCCUGUUGAGGUUGGUUUAGCUUGUGGAAGUGACACUGCUCAUCUUUCCUUGUUGGGUUAUGAUCCUAGAGUUUAUUAUCGCGGUAGAGGAGCUUUUGAAUCCAUGGGGGCUGGAUUGGCCAUGUCACCUGGUGAUAUUGCUUUCAAGUCAAAUUUCGCAACUCUUGAUGAGAAAUCUGGAGUUGUCACGAGUAGGAGAGCUGACAGACACUUUGAAGAAGAAGGUCCCAUACUUUGUGCUGCCCUGGAUGGAAUGAAGCUUCCAUCUUUCCCUGAUUAUGAAGUAAGAGUCAGGUAUGCAACAGAACAUAGAUGUGGAGUGGUUGUUAAAGGACCAAAGUUGAGUGGAAAUAUAUCAGGAACAGAUCCAUUAAAAGACAACCGCUUACUUUUGAAAGCGGAAGCUUUAGAUGAUUCUCCUGAAGCUAAGAACACUGCUGCCAUCAUUAAUGAGUUAUCCAAGGAAAUAACAAAAAUUCUGGUUUCUCAUCCAGUGAAUGCUAAACGUGUUGCAGAGGGGAAAAACAUAGCAAAUAUUGUCCUUUUAAGAGGUUGUGGCAUCAGAAUUGAGGUUACACCAUUUGAAAAUAAACAUGGUUUGUUGCCAUGCAUGGUAGCUCCAACAAAAAUAAUUGCCGGUCUCGGCUUAUCACUUGGUAUUGAUAUUCUAGAAGCUCAUGGAGCAACUGGAGACUAUCGAACCUUACUAACUUCAAAGGCAUCAGCAAUAGCCAAGGCACUCUCAGCUCCUUUGCAGUCUUGCCCUAGAGUUUUUGUGCCUGGAGAGGAUGAGCAUAAAGCAGGCCGGUCAGAUGGCUAUGACUUUGGAUUUCUUCAUAUAAAGGCAAUCGAUGAUGCAGGCCACGACAAGGCGAGCAUUCUCAAAGUCAAAGCAUUAGAAGCUGUAGAUACUGCUAUAGGGCAGUUGGCAAGGCUUCUCUGGGAAGCCGAAUCAAGUGGAAAAUUUCAGUAUUCACUCUGUGUCACAGGAGACCACUCUACUCCAGUUGAAUAUGGAGAUCACAGCUUUGAACCAGUUCCAUUCGCGAUAUGUCGGUUGAAAGACUUUGUCGGUGCAAUUGGUGAAUCCAUUGUUUCCAAAACUUCUCUAGACCCAUUUCCUAUUCCAAGUGUUAAGUCUGUUGAAGACUUGACACAUGAUUUGGAAACCGAAGAGAGAAGAGAGUCUCAAUCUUAUAGUGGUGAUUCAGUUUUUGAGUUGAAUGAAAUUGCAGCUGCGAGGGGAUGUCUGGGGCGUUUCCCUGGAGGAGAAAUGAUGGGAAUUAUAAAGAAAUUCCUUGACCUAGAUGCAGGAACUGCUUGAUUUAGAAGUGAGGAGUGUGAUGCAGUUUAUGUUUUUGUGAGUUUUCUAAGUUAACUUUUUAAUCUCUUACUGUGAAAACAAGUGAUUUUAGGGGUACAAAAAACAAAUCAAAUCUUGAGCUUUUGUACUUAUGUUGAAUAAGAAGUCUUUUCUGAAAAUAAUAGUGGAAACUCAGCUUAAAUAAAUUUAUCUGUGCUGCUUUCUUCCUUUA